GAUUUGAUGCAAAGAAUGACUCUUGAAGAGAAGAUUGGACAAAUGAUACAACUUGAAAGGAAUGUAGCCUCCCUUGAUGUGAUGAAGCAGUAUUUCAUAGGGAGUGUGUUGAGUGGUGGAGGAAGUGUUCCUAAGCCCAAUGCUUCUGCAGCAGAUUGGAUGGAAAUGGUGAAUAAUAUUCAAAAGGCGGCUCUUUCAACUCGGCUUGGGAUACCUAUGAUUUAUGGAAUUGAUGCUGUUCAUGGCAACAACACUGCCUAUGAAGCUACCAUUUUUCCUCACAAUGUUGGCCUGGGUGCCACCAGGGAUCCUGAACUUAUAAAGAGGAUUGGAGCAGCUACUGCACUCGAAGUUAGGGCCACCGGAAUUCAAUACGCCUUCUCACCCUGCAUAGCUGUCUGCCGGGAUCCAAGAUGGGGCCGUUGCUAUGAGAGCUACAGCGAGGAUCACACGAUUGUCCAGAGCAUGACCGAGAUGAUCCCCGGUUUAGAGGGCGACCCCCCAGCUGACUAUAAGAAGGGCAUUCCAUUUAUUGCUGGAAAGGAAAAAGUUGUAGCUUGUGCAAAGCAUUUCGUGGGAGAUGGAGGAACGGCGAGGGGAAUAGACCAAAGCGACACUGUCAUUGACGCCAAAGAAUUGUUUAGCAUCCACAUGCCUGCCUACUAUGAUUCUAUCAGUAAAGGAGUUGCCACAAUUAUGAUCUCUUUCUCGAGCUGGAAUGGAAAGAAGAUGCAUGCUAACCGCGAUCUCAUCACUGGCUUCCUCAAGGACAUACUAAAAUUUGAGGGCUUUGUUAUAUCAGAUUACGAGGGCAUUGAUUUGCUCACAAGUCCACCCCGCCAGAACUACACUUAUUCUGUUCAAGCUGGAGUUCUUGCUGGAAUCGACAUGUUUAUGAUACCUGAUAAAUUCCUUGAGUUCAUCGACAAUCUAACUUCACUUGUGAAAAGUAACGUGAUCCCCAUGACUAGGAUCGAUGAUGCUGUCCAGAGAACACUAAGGAUGAAAUUCGUCAUGGGCCUAUUUGAGGACCCCCUAGCCGAUCUCUCCCUAGCAAAACAUCUUGGAAGCCAGGAACAUAGAGAGCUUGCAAGGGAAGCUGUAAGAAAAUCACUUGUCCUGUUGAAGAAUGGCAAGGGCCUGAACAGUCCAGUGCUUCCCCUCCCAAAGAAAGCACAAACAAUUCUGGUUGCCGGCUCUCAUGCUGAUAACUUGGGAUUCCAAUGUGGAGGUUGGACUAUGGAGUGGCAGGGCUUUAGUGGCAAUAACCAAACUGAAGGAACUACAAUCCUGGCUGCCAUCAAGAGGACGGUAGACCCUUCGACACAGGUGGUGUUCUCGGAGAAUCCGGAUGCAAGCUUCGUGAAGGAUGGAGGAUUCUCCCACGCCAUCGUUGUAGUGGGGGAGACCCCCUACGCGGAGAUGCAUGGGGAUAGCACGGACCUAACCAUAGCAGAGCCUGGUCCAAGCACCAUAAAUAACGUGUGUGGAUCGAUGAAAUGUGUGGUGGUGGUUGUCUCCGGGAGGCCUGUAGUGAUGGAGCCCUACGUUAACCAAAUAGAUGCUUUGGUGGCGGCGUGGCUGCCGGGCAGUGAAGGACAAGGUGUGGCUGAUGUGUUGUUUGGUGACUAUGGAUUCAGUGGGAAACUUGCAAGGACUUGGUUCAAAUCAGUGGAUCAACUGCCUAUGAAUGUUGGAGAUGCACAUUAUGAUCCUCUUUUCCCUUUUGGGUUUGGGCUUACAACUCAACCUACCCAUCAUGCCUAAGAGUCAGACUGUUAAGUAAACUGUUUAUGAUUGUAUUUCGUGUAUUAAAUUUGUGGAAGGAA